CUAGCAUGUGGAGAACCUGGCAACUUUCUAAACGGAGAAUGUCGAACAAAAUUUCUGUACGAUCCCAAAGCAAUCGUUUUGAAGUCAGCUUUAGCAGGCGCCGGCAGGCGCAGUAUUGCAACGGGAACGGGACAUUUGGUCUGGAUUCUGGAUUUAAAUAAAUUCCACAUUUCUUAUGUAAGCCUGUUCGAGGCGACACAGUCGCUGUUCUGGGCAAGCUUCGGCAACGUGGGAAUCGACACGUUCGAACUGACGGGCAUCAAGCAGUACACGCGCUUCUGGGGUCUGCUCAUGUUCGGCGCGUACUCCGUCAUCAACAUCAUCGUCCUGCUCAACCUGCUCAUCGCCAUGAUGUCCAACUCGUACGCCAUGAUCGAGGAACGUUCCGACACCGAGUGGAAGUUCGCCCGCACCCGCCUCUGGAUGUCGUACUUCGAGGAGGGCGCCACGCUGCCGCCGCCGUUCAACAUCCUGCCCACGCCCAAGAGGCUCAUGCACCUCAUCCGCCCCAAGUCGGGGUUGCGCAGGAUGUCCACGAAGCGCAAGGAGCGCGUGGAGCGGGAGCGCGACUACCGGUACUCGGCCGUGAUGCGCGCGCUCGUGUGGCGGUACGUGUCCAAGUCGCACCGCGCCUGCAUCGAGGCGCCCGUCACCGAGGACGACGUCAACGAGGUCAAGGGCGACAUCUCGGCGCUGCGCUGCGACCUGCUCGAGGUCAUGUCCAGGAACGGCUUCGACGUGAGCGCGGUGCGCGCCGCGGACGACAGGAACCCGGGCAACAAGCGGCAGCGCGUCUGGGAGCGCCGCCUGCUCAAGGACUUCCACGUUGCGCCCGUGGCCACCGUCGACGAGGAGGAGCAGCUCAUCAUGGCGGCGCCGCCCGAGAACGAGACGGGGCUGCAGCGCUUCCGGCGCGUGGCCAAGCUCGCCGUGCUGCAGGCCAGCACCAUGCGCUGGCGGCAGGUGGUGCAGGGGCUGUGCCAGGCCUCGCAGAUCGGCCGCUGCCACAGCCGCGAGUCCUUCAUGAACCAGCAGAACCUGCAGCGCGCCAUGGAGGAGGCGCGCCGGCUGGUGCUCGAGAGCGACAAGGCCGGGCGGGGGACGUCGCCGAUGCCGCCGCUGCCCGUCAACAACCGGAACUUCAGCGAGCUGCUGCGGGACGAGAAGCGCCCCGAGGACGCUGGCAGCACCGCGACGACGACACUGCACCCGUUUGCCGAGCGCCAGGGCAGCCUGAUGGGCACGGUCGCGAGGGCGGCCCGCCGGCCGGCCGCGGCUACGCCUGCGACCGCGACUGCCGCCCCAGAGCAGGAGAAGCACGCCGUCGUCCAGCCAGAAGUCGGCGUCGUGCCUCAAAGCCCUGCUGCAGAGGAGGUGACGGCGUUCAGCGGGGCCUUGGGCCUCGAGGACGAUGCCCAGGCCCAGAUCGUCCAGAAGUCGGACGAGGACGAGAGAACGUCCUCGUCGUCCUCCGACGGGGGCCUGGGGUCGUCCGACAACGUUCACGACCCGACAACCAGACCGCGUCUGAGCGUGAGCCAGGCGUCACCCGAGUUCCUGUCUCACCCUAUACUGCGGCGCCGGGAUGCGUCUCCCGACCUCUUCGCGGACGCGAGAGACGCCUCCAUCCCACCCUCCUGGCGCGCGACCCCCAGCUCGGCGAGGUCACCGACACCGAGGGACUCCCCGGCGCGCACGCCCGCCCUAGAGCGAACCCUGUCGUCCCAGGACGACGCGCAACCCGAGAAGCAGAAGACGUCCCUGUCGGCGGACACUUCACCGGACGCAUACCCCAGCAGCUCACCGAGCAGGGAGCUGCUCCAGGUCCCCCAGGUGGAUAAUGGGCGCAGCACGCCGCCCGGCCUCGCCGCUAUCCAGAAGAAGACCAAGUACCAGCACCGCGCAGGUGCCUGGUUGUAAAUAUUCACCUCAUUCUGUGAUGUUAUUAGUUUCGUCGACGCAUUUAAUUUUCUCGUUCUCACAUUUUACACUGUUUACGCUAUGGUUCGAGUUAAGACUAUUUCUACAAUUUUUAGCCCGCCCUUCUGCUUUGGAAAAGUAAUAAAGCGGGCGUAUGUAA